AUGAGGAUCGACGUCGACGCAGGUCCCGUUCGCGCUCGCGCCCGUCGGAUGGAUCGUCGUCCGACUCCGAGUCCGACGGGAGUCAACGACACCGCAAGGACCGACGCAAGAGUGGGGGCGGGAGUAGUAGUGGGAGGCACCAUCGAUCCUCGAGGCAUCGUGAUGAGACAGAGUCCGAGAGGGAGGAGAGGAGGCGUAGGAAGAAGGAGAAGAGGGACAAAAAGGACAAAAAGGACAAGGUCAGUCCAUUGCCAAGGGCGUUGCAAGUAGUGGUUCCUGAUACAUAUCUUACUCAUGUACAGAAGGAUCGAAAGAAGAAGGGUCUUGCGACGAUCGAAUGGGGAAAGCAUGGCAUUUUGACCGAGACCGACGUGAGUCUGCGCCAGGAGACGUGCUUGAUCCUAUCCGACACGGUCUCAUCGUCCCUCCUCGCCCUCUAGAUUUACCAAAAGGAUCAAGAGUUCCGGGCCUGGCUCGUCGGGGAGAGAAUGCUCAACCCCGAGACCAUGUCCAAGGCCAAGGAGAAGGAGAUCUUCAAGGUGCGUUCUCGGACGUUCCAGCAUCUGCACGCGAGACCUGACCUGGGUCGUGCGGAGGCUCAUGUGAUAAUGAACUGGGAGCACACAGGAGUUUAUGGAGGACUUCAAUACGGGGACACUGCCGCACGAGAAAUACUACAACAUGGACAAGUACGAAGCAAGGGCAAGUCGGCGAUACCUCCUAAAAGGCGAGACGGGGAACCAUCGAGGUCGCUUACUGGCCUUGUCGAUGUUUGCAGAUGA